AUGGCAGACACGACCAGUGGCGCUGUACUUUCUCCCAAAGAAAAGAAGAGGACCAGAGUCCAGCUCUCCUGCACCGCUUGUAGAAGCCGAAAGUUACGAUGCUGCCGAACUCAUCCAUGCACCAAUUGCAUCAAGAGAGAUGAAGCCCACUCCUGCACCUUCGUGGGCCGCGGGCCAAAAGGGAAGACGGCACAAGGACAGACCAGUCCGGCCUUGAUUCAAGAGCGUGUGCAGCAUCUGGAGAACUUGAUUCUCUCGCUCGUGCAGAAAAAUCAACAGGCGCCAAAUCAGAACACGACACCGACGACUCCGAGUGUGGGUGCUACUCGUGAACAGAGUAACGUUUCGUCACAAGGUUCAAGACGAGGCUCAAGACAACCGCCCUCAGUGACACCUCCAACUACUGUUUCCGAUGCAGAAUAUACGCCGCUUGACCCGCCAAGUAAACUGGUAGUGGGCGAAACGGGUGAAAGCUAUAUCGACAGCGCCCACUGGAGUUCAAUUCUCGAGGAGAUCAAUGGGGUCAAGAAGUAUCUGCAAGAAGACGAUAUAGUAUCAGAAGAGGAUGUAGUUGAUGAGGAAGCUCCUGAUACCCACGAUGUCUCGCCAACCUUGCUCCUUGGGUGGAACAAACCCGCCACUAUUGAAGAGCUGUUGUCGGAUGUCCCACCACGACAGUAUACGGAGUUUUGGUCAGACCCUACCAAAGUGUCCCUCCCGUUUCUUGCGCUGCUAUACGGGGCCAUAACAAUUGUAGUGUUAUCCUACUUCCGUAAGGGAGAGCCACUUCCAGCAUAUCUGAGCGACUAUCCCGACACUAUCAACACAAUGCGACGGCGGGCUGCUCAGUGCCUGGUCCAAUCAAACUACACCAUCCCAGGUGAACACAAAGUCAAAGCGCUGUUUAUAUAUACCAUGGGCGAGUUCUACAGGAGCAAUGAUGCCCAAGUCAGUGUCUCGUUCCUUCUUGGCCUCACCAUCAAGCUCGCAAUGCGUUCCGGCUAUCAUCGUGAUCCACGCCACUUCCCGGAAAUCUCACCAUUUACCGGAGAAAUGAGACGACGACUGUGGGCGUCACUGAGACAGUUGGAUACGCUCGUUUCAUUCCAGGUCGGUGUUCCCCGGACAAUCCAGGACUGGCAGCAAGACGUGGAACUCCCGCGCAACCUGUCAGACGAGGACUUCGGCGAAGACACGCAGGAACUCCCACCCUCGCGCCCAGAGACAGAAAUGACGCGCCUGUUGUACACCAGAGCCAAGGGGAGGGUCAUGGAUGUAUUUGGCAAGAUAUCCGAUAUUGCGUUUUCGCGGGAGCCCAUAACGUAUGAAGAAACUCUUGAACUCGAUCGACAACUGGAAGAAGCGCACGACCAGUUCCCGCAAGCGUUUCGCAUUCGACCGAUCGAAGAGUCGAUAAUGGAUCCCCCAGAGCUUAUCUUGCAGCGCUUUACAUUGGAGGUCCUUUAUCAGAAGAGCCGCUGUGUGCUGCACCGGCGAUUCCUCGGCGAAGUGCAUAGUAACCGUUAUGCAUAUUCCCGCUGGGCAUGUCUGAGUGCAUCGAAGGAAAUCCUCAAGAACCAGGCGAAUUUGUACAACGAGACCCAGCCUGGUGGAAUAUUGUACCGGGAUCGCCUGUUUCCCAACUCCCUUCAGUACGCAGACUAUGUUCUUGCUGCGAUGAUCAUUUGCCUGGAGCUGUCGUAUGGCAAUGGCGGAGCCGAGAGGAGACCACCCAACGAUAUAGCCGUGGUUAUCAAAGGACGCGAGGAUCUUUUAAGCGUCCUGCAGGCUUCGCAUGAGAUCUUUGGGAAGUCGCGUCGACAGUCGGCCGAUGCGCAGAAGGCAUAUGCUGCGUUGACGAUCAUGCUUCGUCGAGUUCAGAAGGGGCUGCAGGAACAGCAGCCUGAACAGCCUUCAAGUGACGCCCAAAUGCAGGCGCCAGCUGGCACAGUACUUGACCCUCCUCCAUACGGAAGCUGGCAAAACCCGAACGACCAGCCGUAUACCCUCGAUGCGACUGUGGAAAACGUUCCAACCCACAUGGAAUCAGUCGAGCCUUCCUUCGCAUCUCUGGACGUGAUCGAGGAGAUGAUAGACGCACCGACAAGCAUAGACUGGGGCCUUUGGGACCAGCAAAUUCUGGGUUUAUACGCAGAGCGGACGAUGGAUUCAGGGAUACGGCCUGUCUAA